AUGGUGCUAUUUAUAACCGAAGCAGUUCUAUUAGGAAAUAUGCGUAAUACCUCCAAAAUAGGUAUUACAUCAGACAGUAAUUGUUACAUUAGUGGCAACUUUAUACCUAACCGUAAUCUAGGUCUUCAUAGAGUAGAAAUACACAACAUGUUCGUUUAUAUUAUUCGUACGCUUUUUCUUUGGCAUCUUCAAACAUCAUUUUUAUCGCAAGCGUUUACUUCGAUAAGCUAUAUUACAGUAGAUAACGAAAUGUACGAAAAACCGCACAACGAGUCCAUAAUUUUGACACAAGAACCUGCACUGGCGAUAGUAGUUAAAGAUAAAAUUACCAAAUUGUUCGACGGGUUAUUUAAUCUCUCGUACCCACUUGAAUACCUGAAGUUUAUAAACACCAGCACUGUAGAAAUAGAACCAGAUUUUCUGAACGGACAAGAAGUCUAUUCACUUUCUAUUCAAGAAAACAAUAUUAAAGUGAUCCAAACGUACACUUUCAGGAAUCUCAAACUUACAUUAAUAGAUCUCAGUCGUAAUGGAAUCCAGAUCGUUGAAAAUCUGGCAUUCGCUAAUCUUUCUAAUUUAGAGAAAAUCUGUCUUGAAGGAAACAAACUAACGAAUUUGAACUCCAAAGCCUACGAAAACCUACCCAAAUUUCUAGAUCUGAUUUUAAUGGAAAACUACAUCACACAAUUGGGACCAUCUUCAUUGGGUUUUGUCAAGACGAGAGAUUUUAUGUUAUUUCUAUCAGAUAAUAGGAUUGCAAAUAUCCACGAAGACGCGUUCAGAGGAUCAAAUGCCACAAAUGUUCGAAAUAAAGUUGCCACUAAAGUAUCAAUUACUGUCUGUUGUAAUCCCUGUUUUGGUAGUACUACGCAAAUUUCCUAA